CCCCAUUACCAAAAGGACCAAAACUAGCAGGGAGUGUACAGUGGGUGGGAAACGGGACCUUUUCUCUGCGGGUGGCAGUGGGUACCGGUACUCAGGUAAAGUACUUUGGGGAGGCUCUGAGCUGGAUGAAGAAACUGAAGUGAAAGAGACGGGGUCUCCUCCGGGGUCUGAGUGUUCCCCUCCAAUCUCUGCCUCAUUUGCUUUUACAACAGUCCUGGCUCAGGAGAGAGCCAGCGAGGACACAACGCCAGAGCUCGCUUUUACUAAGAGCUCCAGAGGCGAUCAGGCACCUGCAAAGGAGCCCCACCGCUCUGCCGACGAGCUGCCCGCGCGAGCAGCGGCCUCGUGAUUCCCCCGCGGAGCCGUCCCCGCCUCCCCACUCCGCCCCCGCCUCCCCCGAAGACUACCAGCUGCCUCUCCGGACCGCUCUCUUCUUCUCCUGGCGCUCGCGUGCGGGACGGUGCUGGCGGGAGCCCGGCGGCAGCUGGAGGUGACGCCGGGAAGAUUACGCCUGUGGCAGGGCCGGGGCCCAGCGGAUCGCUGCGCCCUGCGCAGAGCGGCAGGAGCGCCCUGCUUGCUGUCGCCUAGCCCAGAACGCGUCCCGCCUGCCCUACUCCCGGCUCUCCCUUGGUGCGCGGCGCAGCGACCCCCGACCUCGCGCUCAUCCUACCCCCACCAGCGAAAUUCACGCCUAGGGAUGCCCAGAGGCUGACACCCGCGCUGAAGUGGAGAGAGGAUUUUCCCCAUCGCUUCCCGGCUGUGAGCGCCCGUCUCACCAAAGGGCUCCUGAGCCACAGCUGCCAAAGGCGCGACUCCGAGCGCCUGUUCCUGCGCCCGACUGGCCGAGGACCCCGGACAGCAGAGGCCCCGGGACGACCAAGCUGAUGGCGUCUUCGACCCCUUCUUCGUCCGCAACCUCCUCGAAUGCGGGAGCGGACCCCAAUACUACCAACCUGCGCCCCACAACGUAUGACACCUGGUGCGGCGUGGCCCAUGGAUGCACCAGAAAACUGGGGCUCAAGAUCUGCGGCUUCUUGCAGAGGACCAACAGCCUGGAAGAGAAGAGCCGGCUUGUGAGCGCCUUCAAGGAGAGGCAGUCCUCCAAGAACCUGCUUUCCUGUGAAAACAGUGACAGGGAUGGCCGUUUCCGGCGCACAGAGACCGACUUCUCCAACCUGUUUGCUCGAGAUCUGCUUCCGGCGAAGAAUGGGGAGGAGCAAACUGUGCAGUUCCUGCUGGAAGUAGUAGACAUACUCCUCAACUAUGUCCGCAAGACAUUUGAUCGCUCCACCAAGGUGCUGGACUUCCAUCACCCACACCAGCUGCUGGAAGGCAUGGAGGGCUUCAACUUGGAGCUGUCAGACCACCCUGAGUCCCUGGAGCAGAUCUUGGUUGACUGCAGAGACACCCUGAAGUAUGGGGUCCGUACAGGUCAUCCUCGAUUUUUCAACCAGCUCUCUACUGGAUUGGAUAUCAUUGGUUUAGCUGGAGAAUGGCUGACAUCAACUGCCAAUACCAAUAUGUUUACAUAUGAAAUUGCACCAGUAUUUGUCCUCAUGGAACAAAUAACACUUAAGAAGAUGAGAGAGAUAGUUGGAUGGUCAAGUAAAGACGGUGAUGGGAUAUUUUCUCCUGGGGGAGCCAUCUCCAACAUGUACAGCAUCAUGGCUGCUCGCUACAAGUUCUUCCCAGAAGUUAAGACAAAGGGCAUGGCGGCCGUUCCCAAACUGGUCCUCUUCACCUCAGAACAUAGUCACUAUUCCAUAAAGAAGGCUGGAGCUGCACUUGGCUUUGGAACUGACAAUGUGAUUUUGAUAAAGUGCAAUGAAAGGGGGAAGAUAAUUCCAGGUGAUUUAGAGGCAAAAAUUCUUGAUGCGAAGCAAAAGGGAUUUGUUCCUCUCUAUGUCAAUGCAACUGCUGGUACGACGGUGUAUGGAGCUUUUGAUCCAAUACAGGAGAUUGCAGAUAUAUGUGAGAAAUAUAACCUAUGGCUACAUGUCGAUGCUGCCUGGGGCGGUGGGCUGCUCAUGUCCAGGAAGCACCGCCACAAACUCAGCGGCAUAGAAAGGGCCAACUCAGUCACCUGGAACCCUCACAAGAUGAUGGGCGUGCUGUUGCAGUGCUCUGCCAUUCUUGUCAAGGAAAAGGGUAUACUCCAAGGAUGCAACCAGAUGUGUGCCGGAUACCUUUUCCAGCCGGACAAGCAGUAUGAUGUCUCCUAUGACACUGGGGACAAAGCAAUCCAGUGUGGCCGCCACGUGGACAUUUUCAAGUUCUGGCUGAUGUGGAAAGCAAAGGGCACAGUGGGAUUUGAAAAUCAGAUCAACAAAUGCUUGGAACUGGCUGAAUACCUCUAUGCCAAGAUUAAAAACAGAGAAGAAUUUGAGAUGGUUUUUGAUGGGGAGCCUGAGCAUACAAAUGUCUGUUUCUGGUAUAUUCCACAAAGCCUCAGGGGCAUUCCGGAUAGCCCUGAACGACGGGAAAAACUACACAGGGUGGCCCCCAAAAUCAAAGCGCUGAUGAUGGAGUCUGGCACGACCAUGGUUGGCUACCAGCCUCAGGGGGACAAGGCCAACUUUUUCCGGAUGGUCAUCUCGAACCCAGCCGCUACGCAGUCUGAUAUUGACUUCCUCAUUGAGGAGAUAGAAAGACUGGGCCAGGAUCUGUAAUUGCCCUCCACAGACCAUGAGUUUAUGGGAAUUCCUUUUCCUUCUGGCAUUCUAGAACAACCUCUGUAAAUGGCUAAACCACAUAGGCUAUCUCAUUGAGGGGAAAUAUAAUAUCUCAAAGAAUACUGUUUAAACCUUACUUAAGCUUGUUAUAGUUAGUAGGAAAUAAUGUUCUUUUUAAAAAGUUGCCCAUUAGGAACACAGUAUAUAUGUACAGUUAUAUAUACCUCUCUCUCUAUAUGUGUAUGUUGUAUCAUCAUGAGUGUGGCUUGGUGAUAGAUCACAGCAUGUCUCUCACUCCAAGAGAAUUAACUUUACCUUCAGCAGUUACUGAGGGGCCAAACAUGCUGCAAACCAGCUUGCCCAACAAUCCCAGGAAAGAUGUUUUUCAAGAUGUUGUGUCAUAGGGACCAAGGGACAUAGUGUUGGCAAGAGUUGACCUCGUUGUCAAUGUUUCUCCUACCUGAAGUGAUGACGGAUGAAACAAAGUACCACUAGAUGACAAGAGUUACACCCUCUCCAUUAGUAUCCUGUAAGGGGAAAAUUGUAGUGGAGUCAUUGUUACAGGUGUGCUGUUGUUGUAUUUUGGGGGACUAAUUUGUGUAGACUGUGUAUAUUUCUGUUGUCUGACCUUUGUGGGGUAGGGGAAGAACACAUGUAAUGAUUUCAAUGACUGUUUAAAUUGUAGGUAAAUGACAACUGUUUAAAUUGUAGGUAAAUGAAAUAAUUGCUUAUUUAUAUUCAGAGAUUUACCAUGCUAAAGAGGCGUCUUGUAUUUUCUUCCCAUUUGUAAUGUAUCUUAUUUAUAUAUUAAUGCAGUAAGUUCAGGAAACUGUUUAUGGUAUUUUCGUGCAUUUGUGAGCCAAAGAAAAAAGAUUAAAAUUAGUGAGACUUGUAUUUAUAUUAGAGUGCCCUUAAAAUAAUGAUCAAAGCAUAAGUUUACUGUCUGUAAGAGAAUUCUGAUACUGUACAUAGAAUCAUCUGUAUGGAAAUCCCAUGACUUAAAUAGCAUCUGCUCUUCUAUUACCCUCUCUGUCUGGCUAUAUGUCUGGUGUUCUCAAUGCUUUUCUAGUAACUGUUGGAUAAUAACUAGAUCUCCUGUAAUUUUGUAGUAGUUCAUGACCAAUCUCUGUGACUCGCUUAGCUCAAAACUAAGGCAACGUUUCCGAAGACCUUCUGAAGAGCUCCCAUAAAUUGACCAGGCUCAUAACUGUUUUUGAGGAAAGGAAAUUCACACUGUGCGUUUUAGAGUAUGCAAGAAGAAUAUAAAUAAAUAAAAAUAUUCUCCAUGGAGAAUCUGAACAAAAUUUUCUUCUAGUUUGUGUUUCAUACACAGAGCUUUCCAGUGAUGGUUACCGAUCAGGGCCCAGUCCAGCCCUUUUCCACCAGCUGCCUUUAGGUGAUGGUCACUACCCUUCUUAAGCUGGGACUCAACGCACUGUCAUAGGUGCCCAAACCCGAUCUGUAAAAUCAUUCUGAUUGCAAUUAAAUAAAAUUUGCCAUUCAAGCCCAGAGAAAGAAAAGCCAUCCCUGUUUCUCAUUUUCCUACUUGCAUCUUGGAGUUCCAUUCAUGCAGCCAUUCAAAACCUGUUUUCUUCCUCUGUCACAGGCACUGUUCUAGGCACCGGGAUUACAGUGAUGUGUGUGGCGGACAAAUUUUCCUUCUAAUGGGGAUCUUACAGCAUUUGGCAUCUGUGGUAUCUGACUGCCUCUACAAUCAUGGAAUCAUGCCUUGAUGCUGCUCAUGCUUGUACAGUGGGCCCGAUUCACUUUUUCAGGAAAUAUGCCUUGGUGCUGGAUCAUCAGGAAAUAGGUCCCGCUUUCUACAUUCUGUUAAGCUAUAAUAAUACUAUUUCUCUCAUUUGGAAUACAAGGAGCUCUCGAUUCAGCAUGUGGAGGGAUUGGAUAAGAGUCCUUUGUAGUUAGCAUACUGACUGCACGAUUAACUGUUGAAGUAAGACCAGGUUCCCCAGGGAGAUGAUCAUAAAGUCGCUUUAUUCUUUCUGCCACUGUUUCUUCCAAUCCCCUCUGUGGUAUGAUUCUUUCCCCAUGCCCCUGUUUGAAUUCAGGUCAAUCCCAUAGCUUUUCUGGCCUCUCAGUUACAAGAACAGUUUCAUUUUAGCAAAUAUCCAGCUCAGUGUAACAAGGGAGGACUUCAAGUUUUUAUACAACAGAGAGUUUCUCCCCUCCCUUGGUCCAGCACUGUUUUAGGCUGCCAUCCUAUAGUGGUAGGGG